AUGGCUUUCAACCUCUGGGCACACCAAUUCUGCCUCGCCUGUGACAAGCAGGUCCAGGUCGACGGUGCGGCAUACUGCUCUGAAUCCUGCAGACUGGCCGAUCAAGAAAAGACGUCAACACCAAGCUCGCAAGCAAGCUCACCAGCCUUUGCUCCCGCCGGCUAUCCUUGGUCGACUCCCUCACCAAGUCUGCCUCUUCGGUCAUCAUCAUCAUCACCAUCAAGGCCAAAGUUCUACCUAUCCCCAGCGUACGACUUUAGCAAUGCCCAAGCCUACGGUGCCUCGUCUGCUGCCCGCAGCUUGUCGUUGAGCAGCAACCACACCGCCUCUGCUUUCGAGCAGUCCACCUCCACCUUUGCUGCAAACCUGACCCCAUCGAGCUCGCACAGCAGCCUCUGCUCCAUGCAGAGUACGUCGACGACGGGCGAGCCCAACCAGCUGUCCGACAAUGCCAAGCAAGAGCUCAAAGCGUACGCCAUUUCGUUGGAGCAUGUCAGGCUCCAACGACGACGAUCGUACUAG